AUGUUCGACCAUUCAGAGCUGGCUGGCGCUUUGUCAGAAUCAGUGUCAGGGCUGGCAGCCCGCGGCCACGCCCAGCAGAUGCCUGAGGCCAUUGCUACCCAAGAUCAAGACUUGCGCGUUAGAGCUCUUGGUGGUCAGACAAGCGUCAGCCCCUCUCUAGAUCUUUCUGAAGAGCUUCGCCCCACGUAUCCAGAGAAACAACAAGCUCGGUGGAAUUCUGCUCUUCAACUACACCGAACUGCUCCCAUUAGUCCUUUGGUCCAAACUCUAUCUGCAAGCGACAAUCCAACAGAUUCGACAUUCGAGCUGCUCUCUUGCACCCGGCAGAGCUUACCCGGCCAGAACUUUCAUCCUUUCGAGGAUCUGGAAGAACUCGCUCAAGGCGACCAUCCCCACCCCGCAACACCACCCUUUCUCAAACAGGCUCUUCUUGAACAAGGUUUCAUCUCUCCCCUAGACCUUCAUCGACCGUCAUCUGGCCCCGCUGUCACCAUGGGAGAGCAUCACGACGAUAUGCAAGGUUUUGAAACUCCUGGGCUACAUGCGGCAGGUCCGAAUACCUCAGAGCAGCCCGAUCCCCAGUACUUCCAAUCCCAGCUGUCGGUCGCGACUGAAUUGACUACACCUCAGCCCAGUGCACAAAGCCAGCAGGCACCUCACCAACGUCGAGGAAAGAAUAAAAAGAACAAGAAAACCUCUUCUCGCGCCCGUCGCCCGUCCAAGGCCCAGAAUUCUUCCAUUGACGAGACUCGGCCGAGCCAGUACGAUUUAUCGCAGUCCAAUUUCGCCUCCAUCUCACAGUAUCAUAAUACUUCCAAUCCGACAGCUAUGGACGGCCAGGAUACAAUGGGAGCAGCGUCUACCCUUGUUCACGGAUACGGAUCCGGUCCUCUACCAGAGCCCAGUCCUCAUGAACUGCAAUCUGCAUCAUCCGAGGGUGGUCAAGAUGCCUCCCGCCUUGGACCCUUCCAACAAGCUACUGGUAUUAUUGAAACCUUGUAUAGAGCUCACCCAGAGCUUCGCCGCUCGUCCCAAAUGAACGACGCCGUUCAUCAGCUCAUGUCACUUAUUCCUGCAGAUCGUCAGAAUCCGACCAGUGAGGUUUCCAACAUUCCAAACAACGGUCAAGCUGGCACAGGAAAUUCAGACAUGGGCUACCAGUCCCAAGCUCCGAUUGUGUACCAACCCCAGCUCAGUCCUCCGAAAGACUCGACACCGAUUCAGGUUACUAUUGGCGAGCUUUACAACGGACAACAGAUGUCCAAGGAUGAUGCGCGCAAGCUCAGCAGCACCCGCAACGAGAAACUCCCACCCAUGACCUUUGACUGGCUCAAUCUGUCCAACGAGAUGAUGGUAGAUGAACAACUGGGCAUUGACGACGGAGGUCACCUGUACCUCAAGCGGCCGGCAUGGGCACCCAAGAAGCCCCCGAGAAUUAUCCUCCAGGGCGGCGAGAUCUUUGAUCCUAACCAUUAUGCCCAAACCAUCAAUGAGGGGGUCUGCGAUUUCCUUUCCAAGGAAACCAUGCCAGCUCACCUGCACCUCGACGCUGACCUACGCGACUUGACAGCUCAGCAAAAGUUUCAUCGUCGGAAAAUUCAGCGUAUCGCCUGGCAGCUCUGGUGUGCCAGGGAGCUUUGUUGUCGUGACGUCUCGGAGGCCUUUGCCAUAGAACGUCUUCAAGCCAUCGUCUUGAGACACGUCCAGGGUCGUUCUUUGGAGUCUGCCGUUGUGGCUACAUGGAGCGAGAGCCCCAGCACGCCUCGCGGCUGGGCUUGGAUUGGCAAGGACCAGGUUCUGUAUCAUGAGCUUAAGCCCAUAGACCUACUAGGUUUCUUUGAACACCAGUUGUCCAUGUUCAAUGGUGACCAGGAGGCUAUGCUUCGCGCCCGCCCUCAGCCGACUUUGCCUGCAAUGUAUCCUCCCGAUCGUCUCAUUGACUCCAUGAGACCUUAG